AUGGCGACCCUGACGGAAUCGUAUCUAGAUCCAGACGAGACAGGAUUUGGGGAUUAUGGCAUGUUGGAGGCGCUGAAGCAGUGUCGGGGAGACAGCGUCGGGAAAGUGGCAGCGUUCAGAGUCGGAGAUGGGAAGAUACUCAUCGGAGCCGAGUUCUUCACGGUCGGGCCGAUUUCAGAUCCCCACAAAGCAGUCGGACCCACCGUUGCCGACAUUACCGACUUAAUUCCAGCCGACUUCAUCAUCCCGACCUCAACGUCGCCGAGCCUCCAUUUUCGUCGGUCCUCCAAGUUGUCAUCCAAGGCACACCUUUCGAUCAGUCGUCACGGGCUGACAUCGUCGCAACUCGGGCCUGACCUCACCAGAGACCCAUCGGGGCCCGACCUCAUCAUAGGUCAUGGGCCCGACCUCAUCAUAGGUCGUGGACCCGACCUCGCCAUAGAUCGUGGGCCCGACCUCACCAUGACGUCCCCACCUAGACACGAUGUGAAUCGAACACAAAUCGGGUCCCACGGCACCACCCAAGCCGAGUUCGGAUCUCUACGUAAGGACUGA